AUGGGGGAUCGGGACCUCAGAAACAGGAAGAUCUUCAGUGAGCUGCUGGAGAUGAUGCUGGAGGUGAACAGGACCAUGGAGGACCACUUUCUGGAAUUUACAACCAGGGAAAUGCAGGGCCCGCCAUUGAACGAAGAGAGUUAUGCUCAAACCAUCCGUGAGCAGCAAGGCCGUAUAAGGGACCUGAUGAGCAAGAUAGUCAAACUCCUAUGGUCUGAAGUCGUAGAUAACCUGGGGCUCAAACAGCCUCCCUCUGCCCAAGACUCUAGCAUUGAUAUCACAGGUAGACCGACGGCCCUCUCUUUUAGGCAGCCUGACCAGCCAGAUCUCCGUCAAAGGGAAUUUGAAGUUGCAUUUGUCAGCUACUUCCUUUCCAAACGUGGGAGUGAUAUUUCUACCUCUUACCACAAGAACUUCCAGAACUAUGAAGACUAUCAAAGAGAUAAAUAUCAUGAGGAAACGAACCCCUUGGGCUUCCUUAACCUCAGCACCAGUGAGAACAAACUCUGCCUUGAUCUGAUGACUGAAAGGUUGUGUCAGCGUGACAUGAACUCUGUUGAGGAUGUUCUACUGCAGUAUUCCGACUGGAAAGGGCAACCAUUCCUGCGGGAAGAAGUGGCCCGGUUCCUGUCCUACUAUUGCAAGGCACCUUACUACAUUGAUCCUGAAAAUGUGGUUGUUCUCAAUGGCUGCUGCUCUGUCUUCUCUGCACUGGCCAUGGUUCUGUGUGACCCAGGUGAGGCCUUUCUCGUCCCCACUCCCUUCUGUGGUGGCUUUGUCUUUACUUCCUCCUUGUAUGCAAAAGUUGAGCUGAUUUUCGUCUACCUGGAGAGUGAGGUCACUGCUGAAAACACCCACCCUUUCCAGCUCACUGUGGAAAAGUUGGAGCUUGUCCUUAUGGAAGCUAAGAGUAAGGCAAAAAAAGUCAGAGGCCUCCUGCUAUCCAACCCUCAGAAUCCCCUGGGUGAUGUCUACUCCCUAGAGUCACUGAUGCAAUACCUGAUAUUCGCCAAGAGGCACAAGCUACAUGUGAUCAUGGAUGAGGUUUAUAUGCUGUCUGUGUUUGAUGAAUCCAUUAAAUUCCACAGUGUUCUGAGCAUAGAAAGUUUGCCUGACCCCCAAAGGACUCACAUGAUCUGGGGCACUAGCAAGGAUUUCGGCAUUGCUGGCUUCCGAUUUGGUGCCCUGUAUACCUACAACAAGGAGGUGGCCUCUGCUGUGAGCUCCUUUGGCUACCUCCACAGUAUCUCUGGCAUUGCCCAGUACAAGCUGUGUCGACUGCUCCAGGACAGAGAGUGGAUCAACAGGAUGUACCUGCCGGUUAACCACUGCCGGCUCCGGUUCGCUCAUAAGUAUGUCACUGACCAGCUGGAGGCGCUGAAGAUUCCAUUCCUCAACCGAGGCUCUGGCCUGUACAUCUGGAUCAACUUGAAGGAGUACUUAGAACCAUGUACAUUUGAGGAAGAGAAGGCCCUCCAUCAGCGCUUCCUGGCCCACAAGCUGAUGUUAUCCCGUGGCAAAUCCUUUACGUGUAAGGAGCCUGGCUGGUUCCGCCUCAUCUUUGCAGAAAAUCACCAACAACUAAGAGAGGGCAUGCAUCGGUUCUGUCAGGCUCUACAGGAUCAGAAGGACUACUGGGUAACGAAAGAGUUGGAGAGCGCAAUGAGGGAGUAG